AUGGACAAUAACGGUAAAACCUUCAAUGGCCUCUCACGGCCCCCUCCCACCUCUCUAGCACGCGGCCCCCCCAAGAAAAAGGUACGCCGGGAGCCUCCCAGCCAUCCCAAGAGCUGGAAACUACGCGAUGAUGCGGAGUGGGCGUCGCCGCACUCGCCUCGGUCCGGCUCAACAUCAUUGAUGCCGUCGCCUUCUGCGCCUACGGCCCGGGGCCAGGCGGAUUAUUUCCGGCCAGGACAUGACGUCGUUAAGGACAACGACGACGAUCAUGACUCCCUUCCUCGUCACCCCCAGCAUAAAACGGAGGCGGACGACGAUGCGCCACCGGCGUUCAAGGAUCACAGGAGGAUGUUCCUCAACGCCAUCGAAGGGAUCUAUUCUCAUCUGGAUGACAUCGAACCGGCGUUUGUGGAUUUCAACCUCCACUACAAACACCCGGCCGUCCGUGCGGCUGGGCGGAUUCGGGGGCAGUUGAACCGGCUGCACGAAUCGUACCAAUUUCUCGACAAGGAGCUCGGGGAGGCAGGCCGCGAGCUGGCACAGUUUGCGGCUCGGGAUGAUGACUUCCGGAGGGACCUGGAGGAGGCUGGAGCGAUCAAUUUCAAGCUCAAAUGUGCCAAGAAUGAUCUUGCGGAGGAGGUUGAGAAGCUCAGGUCUGCUGCGGGGAAGCCGGAUACGAAGCUGGAUGAGUUGAAGCGGGAGAUGGAGGAUCUCCGUGGGACCCACGAUAGGCUCUUGGAGUCGCAUCGGAGUCUUCAUGAGAAGAUUGCGAAGGAAGGGGCUGAGAAGUUGUUGUUGGAGGGUGACUUGCAGAAGCGCAAUGGGGACCUGGAGGAGGCGACGAAAGAGAACAGCAGGUUGCAGGCGGCGGUUGAGGAGAGGGACGAGGACAUACGGGAGCUUAAAGCGAGCGGGGUCGAGCUGGAGACGCUGGCUGAGCAGAGACAGAGGCAGAUUGCGGAGGCAAAGGAAGAGCACGUGAAAUUACAAGAUCUCAUUCGCGAAAAGGAGGCCCGGAUCUCUCUUCUCACGACACGACCCAUCACACCGGUAUCACCUUUGGCUGCUUGGAAAGGGGGGCAAGGGGGCCAGUUUCCUCUUCCGAGCGGAUCGGCCUUUCCGAUGCCACGAUUAGAAGCAACACAAGCAUCUCCUGCUGGCCGAGAGACCUCUCCGGUCCCGUACAUCAAGCAAGAAGCGUCCGAGUCGGCCUCAAUGCCUGCGGUAGCCCCUCCGCAGGUGACAGCAGCUCCGAGUGAGGAACCGACGGACUGGGCUCGAGGAGUGCGUUGCUUGACGAAUGGGGCGGCGGUUGUAUUGGGGCGAGUGUUCAAUAUUGGGCCUCGCAACGUUGAGGACAACAUGGUGUUGACUCACUUUCUCGUCAGCCUUGGGGGCGGCUUAACGGACAUUCACGUGGAGGAACCGGUCGAGUCGAGCACCUGGACGCUUGACGAACCAUGGAUGGUAUCACGGGGGGGUUUAGCCUUGUAUGAUCUACGACCUACCAUUGAAGGGCAACUUGCACAGCUGUGCCUGCUUUUCCCCUUUCCAUCGGCCACCAGCGCUGUGCGCUCUGAUCUCAACACAGACGCCGACAUUUUUUACCGUAUUUGCUCGCUUUUCAGACGCCUUAGUUCUCCGCAUCCAGACACACCACCGUCACUAAGGGCAAAGCGGGCGUUUGUCGAGGCACUAUUUAUAUAUGCCCGCGCCCUGGAGUUGCAUAUUUCGACUGCGACCGGGCUAGCAGCACCCACAUUUACGCCGACACCUCGUACCGUUUUGUUGGGCAUAAUGCUGUGUGAGUUGUGCCGGAAAUGGACUGACUCCUUUCCCCAAGCCUUUCCGCCUGGACAUGCCGGCCCUGGUCUUGACGUGGCUGCCCUCCUGGGACAGGGGCUGUUGGGACAGAGCGAACAAAUCGGCUGUCUCGGGAGUCUGGCUGCCCUGUUGCGUCUGCCCCUGGUCGGUGAUAUCCGGGAUACCAAGACACUGCGUGAGAGACUUGCCGAGGAAUGUGGUGACGGGUUCUGCCUGUUCUCCGCUGGCACCAGUGUAUCAAACGCACGAGAUUCUCCAUCCCCCAAGGAGCUCGGCCUCCUCCACUGCGGCAGCAGCCAAAACAGCAACGACCCCUUUUUCCUCAUGAUCGACUUUGACGCGCGCACACUCCGCGCGGUGGACUGUCGGCUAGCAGGAAUGCGGCCGAACCGGGCAGAACCGAGGAAACUCGAUUUGAUCGUGGCCAGGGAGGGUUCUGCGGGCGGUACUGGCAGCGGACAGCAGGAAGAGGAGGAGUUGUUCCGGCUGGAGGCGGCGCCUAAGCAUGUUGCGGCGUUUUGGGUGCGGUAUGCUAUGGGGGAUGAUUGA